UGCACUGGCCUACAACCAGUUACCUCCUCGCAGCUCACUCGCUCAGCUCCAAGAAGACCGUUCAGCGGGGGUUACACUCAUUGUUGCUACUCACUAGAAGAACUCUGCAGGUGCUGCGUCUUCUUGCCUGGUCUAAAACAGGACUGAGGUUUCUCUUUGCUUUGACCCAAUUAAUUCUAGAAGAGCAGCUGCACACUGGCCGCAGCUGUACUGUGUCACAGCAGCCCAGCGGCUUUAGCCUUUUGGGCUACAACAGUACAAGUACUCCGCACUGCACUCAUCGCUAAACAGACACCGACAUGGAUUUCAGAUUUCUGCUGCUGACCCUAUGUGUCGUAGUGCGUACAGUGCACCCACAACGUCCUCUAUCGUAUGAUAUCAACAUUGCUAAUGAUGCUGCUGGUCUGGAGGAGAAGAGGGUGGAGGUGCUGGAGCGCCUAGAGAAAGUUCUGAAGCAGCUACGCAAGGAAGAACUGCAAAUGCAUCCCGACUCUGGUGCCACUGACAAGCUGAGCGUUGGUGAGGCCCUGGAAUCCACCCAAGAGCUCAGUGAUACUGACCUGUCCGAGGUAUUGAAGGCAGAUGAUGUUGCUGCAAAAGCCGCCGACACUAACACGGCUGAAGCACAACCAGGCUCACAGGCAGAGGAAACUUUCAAGAUCAAGGACUUUGAGGAUGGUGGCAAAUAUUGGCAGUCUAUUGCUGCCACCACCAAAGCACCCGCAAUAACUGAAGCUGCCAGCAAUGUUGCUGCUGAUGACGCUGACAAUGAGCAACAGAUCAUUCAGAAUGCUGAACAACCACGUGAAGCCACUGCAGUAGCUGAGCAGCAAAAGGCCUUCAUCAAUGUGCUGACAGAGGCCAUUUUUGAUCGCCUCGAGGCCAGGAAGGUGGCUUUCCCGAGAACAUUCGCUGACCAUGUGGCUCACUUAGACGCGAAUGCUGCAGGGCAAGGGUGGGGUCCCUCAGGUGUGAAUGCUGCAUAUCACCGCCCACCCUCAGGUGUGAAUGCUGCAUAUCACCGCCCACCCCCAGGUGUGAACGCUGCAUAUCGCCACCCACCCCCAGGUGUAAACGCGGCAGGCCUACCACCUCCCUCAAGUGUGAACAUUGCAAGACCACCAGGUCCCCCAGGAGUGAACAUUGCAUUACCACCAGGAGUGGGCAUUUCAGGACCAUCAGGUCCCUCAGGAGUUAACAUUGCAUUACCACCAGGAGUGGGCAUUGCAGGACCAUCAGGUCCCCCAGGAAUUAACAUUGCAUUACCACCAGGAGUGGGCAUUGCAGGACUAUCAGGUCCCCCAGGAGUGAACAUUGCAUUACCACCAGGAGUGGGCAUUGCAGGACCAUCAGGUCCCCCAGGAGUUAACAUUGCAUUACCACCAGGAGUGGGCAUUGCAGGACCAUCAGGUCCCCCAGGAGUUAACAUUGCAUUACCACCAGGAGUGGGCAUUGCAGAACCAUCCGGUCCCCCAGGAGUGAACAUUGCAUUACCACCAGGAGUGGGCAUUGCAGGACCAUCAGGUCCCCCAGGAGUUAACAUUGCAUUACCACCAGGAGUGGGCAUUGCAGGACCAUCAGGUCCCCCAGGAGUUAACAUUGCAUUACCACCAGGAGUGGGCAUUGCAGGACCAUCAGGUCCCCCAGGAGUGAACAUUGCAUUACCACCAGGAGUGGGCAUUGCAGGACCAUCAGGUCCCCCAGGAGUUAACAUUGCAUUACCACCAGGAGUGGGCAUUGCAGGACCAUCAGGUCCCCCAGGAGUUAACAUUGCAUUACCACCAGGAGUGGGCAUUGCAGAACCAUCAGGUCCCCCAGGAGUGAACAUUGCAUUACCACCAGGAGUGGGCAUUGCAGGACCAUCAGGUCCCCCAGGAGUUAACAUUGCAGUACCACCAGGUCCCCCAGGAGUGAACAUUGCAGGACCACCAGGUCCCCCAGGAGUUAACAUUGCAGGACCAUCAGGUCCCCCAGGAGUUAACAUUGCAGGACCACCAGGUCCCCCAGGAGUUAACAUUGCAGGCCCACCAGAAGUUAACAUUGCAGGACCACCAGGUCCCCCAGGAGUUAACAUUGCAGGUCGAACAAGUCAAGCAGGUGUGAACAUUGUGAAUGCAGGCACUCCAGGUAUGAACACUGCAUACACGGGUCACUCGGGCAAUGAUGACCACUUGGCCCCCGCACAAUCAGCUGUAGGCAAGCCCCUUCACUCCAAUGUACACAAGGACAUGGCACCAAUUGCAUCAAAAACACACAAGCAGGAAUCCCAACAGGACAUGGUGGCAACUCAUGAGAAAUUCAUCCAAAUGCUCGCCGAGUCCAUUUACCAACGCAUCAAGGCCGAACAGCCAAUCAACAAAGCCGCCCAUUCUAGGGUCGCCGCUGAGCAAAGCAGUAAAGCGAACGUUGCUGCACCAGCCCCGAGCAAACAACAGCAGCAGCUAAUGGAUGCUGACUCCAUGCAGCAGCAGCAGCAGCAACAGCAGCAGACUGUCAAUGUUGCUGAGGCGGAUCAGAAGACUGUGUCUGCCCAUGACCAGGAUACUCAAGACUUGCUGGCUGAUCUCACAUGGGGAUAGCUGCUGCUGUGCGAAUCAUCUUGCCACGUGCACCGUGACCCUGAUUCCUUCUCUUAUCUAAAACUACAUUGUGUUUUCACAUGCUUGUCUGGCGAUGCAUCAUGUUGCACUCAUCAGCUGAAGUCGACUUGGUCAUAUCGUCUUACUAGUGCCGGUAUAAUUAUGUUGCCAAAAAGGAGUCCAGACUCCUGAUGAAUUGCAAUGUAUACAUUUCCUGUGACUGUUGAUUGUCAAUUAUUGUUAGCGAGUUAGAAAUCGCACAUUCCCAGUUUCUACGAUGUUGGACACACUCACGCAUCCAUUCUCUCUCUCUCUCUCUCUCUCUCUCUCUCUCUCUCUCUCUCUCUCUCUCUCUCUCUCUCUCUCUCUCUCUCUCUCUCUCUCUCUCUCUCUCUCUCUCUCUCUCUCUCUCUCUCUCUCUCUCUCUCUCUCUCUCUCUCUCUCUCUCUCUCUCUCUCUCUCUCUCUCUCUCUCUCUCUCUCUCUCUCUCUCUCUCUCUCUCUCUCUCUCUCUCUAUCUAUCUAUCUCUCUAUCUCUCUCUCUCUAUCUCUCUCUAUCUAUCUAUCUAUCUAUCUAACUCUCUCUCUCUCACUCUCUCUCUCUCUCUCACUCACUUUCUUUCUUUCUCUAUCUCUCCGUCUCUGUCCACUCUAAAUGCUUUUACUCCUUCCAUGUGACUUCAGCUCUGCGGUUCGUUUUAGCUCUACUUAAAGCAGUACACUACCUGCAGAUAUCCUCACUUUUCCUUUCCUUUCAAUUAUACUACAGUAUAAUUUUAUAGUUCUCUUCCUUUCAUGUCUGUGUCUACUGUAUGUAUCUUAGAUUCUCCAGAUAUAGGCAUCCCUCUUUUGCUUGUGGAAAAACCAAAAGAUACACAAUUCACGCGGCAAGAAUGCAAUUACGAAUUGCCGGACUUGUUAUAAUUUCAGGUGAAAACUAAUAAUUAUUAUUGUCA